AUGGUCGACAUUGAGACAGCUAUUCCCGAGGGCUCAUGGGUAUUGGUAACCGCUGCCAACGGCUACACUGGAAGCCACAUAGUCAUUGAGCUCCUGAAGCGAGGCUUCAAGGUCCGUGGAACUGUGCGAGACUCCUCGUGUGGCCAGUGGCUCUUGAACGACGAUAUAAUCUCACCCUUUGCCAGGCGUGGCGACCUGGAGCUGGUUGUUGCUCACUGCAGUGUGCCAAAUGCAUUUGAUGAUGUCGUCAAAGGGGUGUCAGCGGUAAUCUACAACGCUAUUAUCUCUGACAUUGUACCAGAUCCCAACAUUACGAUAUCUGCGACCGUCAGGGCAGCCCUCAAUGUCUGCCGGUCUGCCGCCCGCGAACCGUCGAUAAAGAGAUUCGUGAUCACGUCCACAUUCUGGACUGUCGCGAUGCCCAUACCUGGCGUGACGGAUACCAUUACGAACCUCGAUACCUGGAACGAAGCAGCGCUGGAGGCCGCUUGGGCUCCGCCGCCAUAUGAACCGGAUCGCGUUCUGCACGUCUACUUUGCCGCCAAGAUUGAGUCAGAGAAGGCCAUUUGGACGUUUGCGAACGACGAAAGGCUCCCAUGGGUUGUCAACUCAGUCAGUCCGUGUUGCAUCAUGGGGGACCUUCGCGAUGAUAAGCAGCUGCAUGCAGUACCUCCCCAGCUUUUGGAGUCGCUGUAUCUUGGCAACACGGAUGCAUUACGAGGAACUCCAGCCAUCUAUUACUCGCAUGUUACCGACGUCGCCGUUGUUCAUGUUGCCGCGGCGGUUGAUCCACAGGUGCAGGGUCGGCGCAUCCAAGUCUUAGCCCGAUCCUUCAAUUGGGACGACUGCCUGGACAUCAUGCGCAGAGCCUAUCCGAACCGACAGUUCGUUGCAAACUUUCAGCCGGAAAACCCAACCCUGAAAUACACAAUUGAGGACGACAUCGCCCCACGAUUGAUCAACAAAUGGGCUGGACGAGAUUGGAUCAGUCUAGAGGACGGCGUCAAAGAAACAAUCACAUUCGUUGUCAAAUACAAGGAAUUGGAGUAG